GCGUCCGCGUGGUGUUGGUGCGCCUGGCGAGUUUUGCUACCGAAUAAAGCAGUAGCGUGCCGUGUGCAUCCUGAUACAUAGACUACCGAGUGCACGGCACCAUAGUCAAUCAUUCGAAUACACGGUCAUCGAAGCAGCAACAAGUCGCGCCACGCGCUAGUGCAACUGGUCAUCCCGAAACUCGGCUCGGCACCCGUACCCGUACAGCUUCGUUUUUACGAACGUUUCCAGCGCAAAACCCACUACCAGAACCAUGCCUUUCAAGCCAGCGGAAAACCCCAAGUGCCCCAAGUGCGGCAAAUCGGUGUACGCCGCCGAGGAGCGUGUCGCCGGAGGACACAAAUUUCACAAGCAGUGCUUCAAGUGCGGAAUGUGCGGCAAGAUGCUCGACUCCACAAACUGUGCAGAGCACGAAAGCGAGCUUUACUGCAAGAACUGCCACGGUCGCAAGUACGGACCGAAGGGUUACGGUUUCGGUGGAGGCGCCGGCUGCCUCUCGAUGGACACUGGCGCCCAGUUUCAGGGCGAAAGCACGAACGGACACUUUGAACCGAAACCAAUGUCAAAGGCACCUGAAGGAGAGGGUUGCCCUCGCUGCGGCGGAUAUGUUUACAUGGCCGAGCAAAUGUUGGCACGUGGAAGAGCCUACCAUAAGGGAUGCUUCAAAUGCGGUGAGUGUAAGAAGGGUCUCGAUUCUGUAAACUGCUGCGAGGGUCCAGAUCGUAACAUCUACUGCAAAGUUUGCUAUGGCAAGAAGUUCGGCCCGAAGGGCUACGGAUACGGUCAAGGUGGUGGAGCGCUGCAGAGCGAUAGCACUACUAUCGAGGGUCGGUUUGGUUCCCGUGGUUACGGCCACUCGGGUAUCUCUUCGCUGGGGUUAAUGAGUGAUGCGCGCGACUUGGACUACAAGAGUGAGUUUGCACCGAAACCGUCCGCUGUGGAUACGACGGCCAUUAAGGCAACGCCCGGACAGGGUUGUCCACGUUGCGGCGGUGUAGUGUUCGCGGCCGAGCAGGUCCUUUCGAAGGGACGUGAGUGGCAUCGCAAGUGCUACAAGUGUCGCGACUGCAGCAAAACGCUCGAUUCCAUCAUCGCUUGUGAUGGUCCGGAUCGGGACGUGUACUGCAAGACCUGCUACGGCAAGAAGUGGGGUCCGCACGGAUACGGUUUUGCCUGUGGAUCUGGCUUCCUGCAGACUGAUUGCAUGACUGAGGAUCAGAUGGCGUCCCAGAAACCUAUAGUCACGAUCGACACUACCGUGAUCAAGGCACCGCAGGGACAGGGAUGUCCACGGUGCGGUGGCAUGGUGUUUGCGGCUGAGCAGCAGCUGGCCAAGGGAACGAUGUGGCACAAGAAGUGCUUCAACUGUAACGAAUGUCACCGACCGCUCGAUUCCAUGAUUGCCUGUGAUGGUCCGGAUCGUGAGAUCCAUUGCCGCGCAUGCUACGGCAAGCUAUUCGGCCCGAAGGGUUUCGGUUUCGGACACACGCCAACGCUCGUCUCCACCGAUGCUCAGUCUGCUCCAGUACACACCGACGCAAAGCCAGCGGAUGGACCGAAGGCCAAGGAUGGCAAGGGAUGCACCCGGUGCGGUUAUGCCGUGUACGAAGCCGAAAAGAUGCUGAGCAAAAACCGCAUCUGGCACAAGCGGUGCUUCAGCUGCUUCGAAUGCCACAAAUCGCUCGACUCGACGAACCUGAACGAUGGCCCGAACGGUGAAAUCUACUGCCGGGGCUGCUACGGUCGCAACUACGGUCCACGGGGUGUCGGUUUCGGCAUGGGUGCCGGCACGCUAACGAUGGCCUAAGACCCCAUUAUUGUUUGUUGGGUUUUGUUUUAUAAAUUAUCCCCCUUUUCUUAAUGCUCUUUCUUACCUAAUACAUUGGUUAACGAGAUCACAAUCACCAACACUAACACCAAUCGCACCGGGAAGGUGACGGGACACAGUAAUAAGCAGUGUGCGGAUUUUCCAGCCGAUAGAGGGCGCCACCUGCAACGAGCACGAUCGCAUUAGUGUAGCAUUCCGAAUGAUCGUUUUGCGAGCGUACAGUCGCUUUCACUGUUCCGAUUGGUGCAGUCCCACCACACCACAUUGCAUCCCCUUUUUUUGUCCCACCCCGUCUAACCCUGAAACCAGUUUUGCGAGCCUUGUAGCCUCAGCUCUUUCGAAAAAUUAAAACGUAACUUAGCGAUGUAAGAUGAUCCGUUUUGUUUUCCUUCUCACUAGAUGUAAGCUUUGCUGCUCGUACAAAUAUUGAAAACCGGCGCCAAAAUUGCACACCAACAUAAAACAGGCAGACACAGAGAAAACACACACACACACAAGCAUACAAACACAAUAACGGCGAUGUGUUUGAAAUUGAUUACAAUUUCCAUUCGGAUGCGGUGAAGCUUACGGUUACUUUAUUGUUACUUUUGUGGAUUUAACGGAAAGACGAACGACCGGGUCCGGGCAGACCUGCGAUCAUUUGAGGGUUAGAAAAACCAUACAUAAGUGCACCGAUCAUAUCUACAUUACGCAGCCACACGUUAGGGAAGGGAUGAUCACAUCGAAACGAUCGAACCUGCGGGACGAUUAGUGGGACUCCCGCGGUCUAGAGGUAUUUAUAGACGCGGUACAAAGCGGAAGCAAAACAUUAUUGGGCUAGCUAGAUAAAUUCGCUUUUUUGCAAACAAAAAAACACGCCCAACUCACAUAUCUAGAGAUGCUGUGCCAAAAAAAAAAAAAAUCUUGCUAGACGAGUUGUGUUUUGCUAACCGUGUUGAUGUGUAGUGCAAAAUUUGUUUACAAAUUGCGCCAAACAAAGCUACGCCAAGCCAAACCAAAAAGUGUUGAAAGCGGUGCCAGGGACAAUCGGUUGUUUGGAUGUGGAGGGAAACAAAAAAAACAAAACAAACGAUUCCUUGAGCGCCUCUUUGUGAACGCAAA